GGCCCCCACCGCACUGCCGCACCGCCUCGCGGGUCUGGGUCGCGGGGCGGGGCGGGGCGGGAGGCGGGGCGCUGACGUCGCGGCGCGGCCGGCGGCCGGGGAGGCGGGGAGGCGGCUGCCAGCUCGGCCCAGCCCAGCCAGCAGCUGCGGCGGCCCGGUGGCGGCGGCGGCGGCGGUGGCGGCGCUCGGAGCCGGCUCCUGACCGCCCUCCGCCGCUGCCCGGCUCCUCUCGCGGUCUCCGUCUCUGUGGCCGCUUCUGCCGGCCUCGUCCGCCGCCUCCGCCAUGGCCCUGGUGCGGGGCGCCGAGCCCGCCGCGGGGCCCUCCCGCUGGCUACCCACGCACGUCCAGGUGACUGUGCUGCGGGCCCGCGGGCUGCGGGGCAAGAGCUCAGGAGCGGGCAGCACCAGCGACGCGUACACGGUGAUCCAGGUGGGCCGCGAGAAGUACAGCACGUCGGUGGUGGAGAAGACGCCGGGCUGCCCAGAGUGGCGCGAGGAGUGCUCUUUCGAGCUGCCACCCGGUGCCCUGGACGGCCUGCUUCGGGCGCAGGAGGCCGAUGCGGGCCCGGCUCCCUGGGCGGCGGGCUCCGCCGCCGCCUGCGAGCUGGUGCUCACCACCAUGCACCGCUCGCUUAUCGGCGUCGACAAGUUCCUGGGCCAGGCCACGGUGGCGCUGGACGAGGUCUUUGGCGCAGGCCGCGCCCAGCAUACGCAGUGGUACAAGCUGCACUCCAAGGCGGGCAAGAAGGAGAAGGAGCGCGGAGAGAUCCAAGUCACAAUCCAGUUCACUCGAAACAACCUGAGCGCCAGCAUGUUUGACCUGUCCAUGAAGGACAAGCCGCGGUCCCCUUUCAGCAAGAUCAAGGACAAGAUGAAGGGCAAGAAGAAGUUUGAGCUGGAGUCUGCCUCGGCCAUCCUCCCAAGCAGUGCCCUGGAGGACCCCGAGCUGGGCAGCCUGGGCAAGAUGGGCAAAGCCAAAGGCUUCUUCCUCCGCAACAAGCUGCGCAAGUCCUCCCUGACGCAGUCCAGCACCUCUCUGGGUUCAGACAGCACCCUGUCCUCUGCCAGUGGGAGCCUGGCCUACCAGGGCCCGGGUGCCGAGCUCCUGACCCGCUCGCCCAGCCGCAGCAGCUGGCUGUCCAGCGAAGGAGGCAGGGACGCCACCCAGUCCCCCAAGUUGCUCACCCACAAAAGGACCUACAGCGAUGAGGCCAGCCAGAUGCGAGCGACGCCGCCCCGAUCCCUCCUGGACCUGCAGGGCCACCUGGAGACUGCCUCCCGCUCCUCGCUCUGCGUCAACGGGAGCCACAUUUACAAUGAGGAGCCCCCGGCACUCCCACGGCACCGCAGCUCCAUCUCGGGCCCGUUUCCACCCUCCGGCCCGCUGCAUAGCGUGUCUCCCCGGCCUGCUGAGGAGGGGGCUCGGCCUGCAGAUGACUCCGGGGGCAGAGGCAGCCGCCGCACCAGCAUCUCAGAGGUGCUGCCAGGACAGGAGGAGCUGAGCUCUCGGGCCAAAGUGUUGGUCCCCGGCACCAGCCGCUCCGGAGAGGAAGAGGGGGCCCGGCUCCCUGAGGGAAAGCCCGUACAGGUUGCCACGCCCAUGGUGGCCUCCUCUGAGGCUGUGGCCGAGAAGGAGGGAGCCCGGAAGGAGGAGCGGAAGCCCCGGAUGGGUCUCUUCCACCAUCACCACCAGGGGCUGAGUCGGAGCGAGCUGGGGCGCCGCGGCUCACUGGGGGAGAAGGGGGGUCCCACCCUGGGGGCCUCCCCACACCACCCAUCCAGCGGGGAGGAAAAGGCCAAGAGUAGCUGGUUUGGCUUGAGAGAAGCCAAGGAACCAACUCAGAAACCCAGCCUGGACGUGUCUCCUCAGGUAGAACCUGACCCAGCUGCUCUUCCUCACCACCUCCCCUGCUCCCCCUGUGCUCCGGCCCUCCCCACUCCUCCUCCCACCGCUGCUCCCAUGCUAAGCACUAACCUUUUUGCAGCUGCCUCCCCUGCUGCUGCUGCUGCUGCUGCCACCGCCGCUGCUGCCUCCGCCGCCCCCGAAGCCACCCCAUCUGGAUUCUCGGGUCUCACCAACCCGUUCCUCACCUCCAUGCAGAGCAACCCUUUCUUCGAGGAGCUCCUAGCCGACAUAGCACUAAACUGUCCUUCACCUGCUCCCUCUCUCCCCAGUGCCUCGAGGCCCAGCCCCACCCCCCUGGCCUCCCCUGGGAAAGCCCCGCCUGAGUGGGACGACACCUUCAACGUCUUUGCCGCCAGCAGGCUGCGUCCAGAGGCCAGGAGCAAGAUCCUGGCCCCUGCAGGAGGAGUGGGGCUGGAGGUGACUGGGCCGCAGGAGCAAGGCCGCGGGGCAGUGACAGUGAAGGCGGUUGAGCCCCGGGGGGCCCCUGGGGGAGGAGGAAGAGGUGGAAGCAGCAUGUGGCUGGAGCCCAGGCUUCCUCUGGACUUGGGACUGGACCGCCGGAGCAGCAGUGUGGCUGAGCUGGGGCCCCUGGGGCCAGCUGGGGCCAGCCUGCCCUCUUCGUCCGCCCAGCUACAGCCAAGAGCUGCAGACUCGGAAGCAGACAGGGAGCCGCCAGCCCCUGGAGCGGAUGCAGGGCAGAGUCCGGCAGACAGUGCGACGUCUCUGUUUAGCUCCCCUGAAGUGAUCAGUGUGUGGGAAAGGCUGCCUGGUCCCAAUGACGCCCCUGAGGUCCAAGAGGCAGCCUCCCGAGGCGAAGGCCAGCUUUCGCUCGAGCUCAAUACAGUUGACGAUUCGUGGCCCUGGGAUGUGGUCACCAUCUCUCCUGUAGCCGAGACGUCCUCACCAGUCCUGCGGGGAGAGUCGGAUGAGCAGAUGCAGCCAGAGUCACCAGAACCUGUGAGCCCUGGGGAGAGCAAGGGGCCUGUCCCCCAGGAGCCGGAGCGCAAACCUGAGCAGGUGUCGGACAGGGAGCCGCAGCCCGGCAGGCCACCUCCCAAGCCACCACGCCUCUUCACGCCUUCAGAUUCCCAGGAGAAGGAGGAGGAGGUGGCAGUGGUGGCGGCUGCUGCAGUGGGGCUGAGAAGCAGGGGGGCAGAGACAGGAGGAGAAGACAGCCUUCCAAGUCCACUGGUUGUUGGUCCACGGGAGGCCAAGGAGGAGGGCCAGACACCGGGGGCAGAGUCUGACAGCCAUUCUUCCGGAACCCUGCCGGGUGGGCCAGGCCUGCAAGAUAUAGCGGAGGGUGCCGGCCCUCCCGUGCCUCAGCCGCCCUUAUCUCCGCCCACCAGCUGCCCUGAGGGUCCCACCCCCGUACCCUGUUACUUAGAGAGCGUGGCUCCUCAGAGUCCGCAGAUCUGGGGGGCUCCAGAGAAAGGAGAAAGCCCUGAGGGUCCUGAGGCCCGGAGGCAGGGACCAGUAGAAGAGGGGCUUGGACCCCUGCCAGAUAGCUCCCAACACACUGACCUCUGGGCAUCAGAGGAGGACGCCUUGAACCCCUUCUUGUCUCAGGAGAGCCAAGACCCCCCCAGUCUCCCGUCCAUAUCCCCUCCAGGGUCCAGGGAACCUUCCAUCCUCUCUGGUCCAGAAGAGCUGCCCACUCCCCCAGAGCCCGCUUUUCCACCACCCCCUCUCCCGCCCUGGGCCGGUCACCAUCAUGGGGGGCCCAGCCCUCCAUGUUCCCCUCUGCCUGGAGCUCAGCCCCUGACUUCUUCCUCCCCAACCCUUGAGGAGCCAGCCUCGUCCCCCGGGGGCUCCCCUGCCCCACCCAGGGAAGACCACGCUGCAACCACCCCAGCCUCCCCGCUUGUGCUUCUGCCCUUGGAGACACGACCAGCUGAGGAGCCACAGUCCAGCGCCAGUCCCCACCCCGUGAAGCCGCUCAGUGCUGCUCCCGUGGAGGGCAGCCCAGACAGGAAGCAGCCCCGCUCCAGUCUGAGUACAGCUCUGAGCAGUGGGCUGGAGAAGCUCAAGACGGUCACAUCCGGCGGCAUUCAGCCUGUGGCUCCAGCCCCCAACGUGGGCCAGACUGUGGACGCCAAGAGGCUGAAGGACUCAGGUGUGCUGGACCAGUCGGCCAAGUACUACCACCUGACCCACGAUGAGCUCAUCAGCCUGCUCCUGCAGCGGGAGCGGGAGCUGAGCCAGCGGGACGAGCACGUGCAGGAGCUGGAGAGCUACAUUGACCGGCUGCUGGUGCGGAUCAUGGAGACCUCACCCACACUGCUGCAGAUCCCCCCUGACCUCCCCAAGUAGCCCUCCCCACCCCUGCCCCUGGGAGGGUCACGUGGGCCCACCGCCCAAACCGGGCCUGCGCUGCCCUCCCUCCCACUGAACUCACUCUCACCUGGGCAGGCUGCUGUCUGUCCUCCAUUGUCACUCCUUGCUCCCCCUGCCUCCUGCCUCUGUGGGGGUUGCUGAAAGAGGGGCCCUCGGGACUCCCAUUGCAGGCAUCAGGUUCCAUGUACAAUUCGUGUGUCUUUGGGAACCCUCCGUGGGUCUUUCCCACCUGCCUAUUUUCAUGUCCCUUAGUUUUGGGGGCUCCAGGGAAUUGGAACAAAGAAUUCAGCCCUCAAGACAGAGCUGGGGUGAGCAACAAUUUGAUGUGGCAUCUGGGACACGCUUUAUUACCCCACGACAACAGUCAUUUCAUCCAAGGCUAAACCCUUGUCCCCGUCA